UAGUUUUUAUAGGCAGCCUGCAGCCAGUAGUCCUCUUCCCGGAAGCCACCACUAGGUGUCCGCAGCAUCCUGCAGGCUGCAAGUCAACCUCAGCGCGGUGCCAACUGUGCAACACAGCAGCGAAGGGGUUAAUGUAAUCCCUGCAUGGGAAUGGGCGGAGAUUCCAGCUAGCACUCAAACCGGACAAACCGAAAAGGCAACAGUCAAAUCUGGAAAAGAAAGCCGCUGUUGGAUUUGCACGCGUGUUUGUUUGUGUAUUAAGUGUUUUUCUUUUCUUUUCUGCUCCACGUUUGCACAGAUUUCGUACCGGAGUCGGACCGAGAAGUGAAAUGAAAUCGACGGGGAAGUUUUGGAGUUGCUGUCAGCUAUGGGUGAAGUAGUCAAGACGUGGAGGGCUCUGGAGAGGCGUCCAAACAGAGAAAGUCAAACUCAACAGGGCUGAGAGGAGCGCUCGCUUUCUGCACACUGUCAAACAAUGGGAGAGUCUGCGUGAUUUCACACGGACCCGUCAGUAUGAGCACAGGAGGAGCGCGUCGGUGGAGCUGUUUACGCAUGUGGUUUGCACACAACCAGCAGGACUAACUCCAAUGAGCCGUCUGAUGGUGAAGCCAUAAAUCGGUGACAGAGAUAUAAAUCACGCGCAGCGUUUAUAAACACGCCGAGUGACAGCAUGUGCAGCCCGGGGACGUGGAUGUGGCGAGCGGCUCUGUGCUGCAUGCUUCUGGAAACAUUUCUGCACACUGCCAGAGGUCUUAACAUGUGUAUGAGCGGCAGCGCUACGUCAUGUGAAGAAUGCCUCCUGAUUCACCCCAGCUGCGCCUGGUGCGCACAAGAGGAGUUCGGGAGAGGGCGGACUCUGACGUCGCGCUGCGAUUUUAUUCAAAACCUGCAGAAGAGGGGCUGCGAGGCACGGUUUGUCGAGUACCCCAUCAGCAGAAUCUCCAUCCUGGAGAACAGGCCUCUGAGUUCUAAAGGGUCUGGGUCGACCCAGUUCGACGUGGUCCAGAUUAUGCCUCAGAAGAUCUCGCUCAGCCUGCGGCCAGGAGCUCAGACGUGGUUCGGGCUGCAGGUGCGGCAGGUGGAGGACUACCCAGUGGACCUCUACUACCUGAUGGACCUCUCUCUUUCCAUGAAAGAUGAUCUGGACACCAUCCGUAACUUGGGCACCAAGCUGGCCCUGGAGAUGGGCAAACUCACCAGCAACUUCAGGCUCGGCUUCGGUUCCUUCGUGGACAAAAACAUGUCGCCCUUCUCCUACACGGCACCCAAGUAUCAGGAGAAUCCGUGCAAUGGAUACAAACUGUUCCCCAACUGCGUCCCCACCUUCGGUUUCCGCCACAUCCUCUCACUGACGGACAAAGUGGACCGCUUUAACGAGGAGGUGCAGAAGCAGAUGGUAUCUCGCAACCGGGACGCUCCAGAAGGCGGAUUUGACGCCAUCCUGCAGGCUGCAGUUUGUAAGAAGGAGAUCGGUUGGAGGAAGGAGGCUUACCACCUGCUGGUGUUCGCCACAGACGACGUCCCUCACCUCGCUCUGGACGGUCGGCUGGGAGGACUCGUCGAGCCGCACGAUGGACUCUGCCACCUCGACGAGAAGAACGAGUACAGCGCCUCCACGCAGAUGGACUAUCCCUCUCUGGCUCUUCUGGGGGAGAAACUGGCAGAAAACAACAUCUUUCUCAUCUUUGCUGUGACAAAACGGCUCUACGUUAUUUAUAAGAAUUUCACUGCACUCAUACCUGGAACCACAGUCGAAAUCCUGGACCAGGACUCCAAGAAUGUAAUUCAGUUGAUCAUCGCAGCUUACAAUAACAUCCGCUCUAAAGUGGAGCUGUCAGUGUGGGAUCACCCAGAGGACAUCAGCCUCUCCUUCACCGCCACCUGCCAGGACGGACAGCCGCUGCCGGGGCUCAGGAAGUGUGCCGACCUGAAGAUAGGAGACACUGUAUCGUUUAACGUUAGUGUGGAGGCGAGGAGCUGCCCUCCCCGCGGCACCGACCAGAGCUUCACCAUCAAACCGGUGGGGUUCAAAGACCGUCUGGAGGUUUCUGUGGAUUAUCAGUGUGACUGCGGCUGCAGCCGGAGAGCACAAACCAACAGCAGCAUCUGCAGCUCCAUAGGUACUUAUAACUGUGGGACUUGUCGCUGUGAGCCGGGUUAUCUGGGCGCCCGCUGUGAGUGCCAGGAGGGCGAGGCCAGCAGCAUGUACCUCAGCGCCUGCCGGGAAGCCGAAGGCAAGCAGAUCUGCAGCGGGCGAGGAGAGUGCAGCUGCAACCAGUGUCUGUGCUACGAGUCGGAGUUUGGGAAGAUUUACGGCAGCUUCUGCGAGUGUGACGACUUCUCCUGCGCCCGACACAAAGGCAUCCUCUGCUCAGGUCACGGAGAAUGUCACUGUGGGGAGUGUAAAUGCCACGCUGGUUACAUCGGCGAUAACUGUAACUGCUCCACGGAGACGACGACGUGCAUCGCAGACGACGGGCAGAUGUGCAGCGGGCGAGGGAACUGCGUGUGCGGUCGCUGCCAGUGCACCGAGCCGGGGGCGUUUGGAGACACCUGUGAGAAGUGCCCCACCUGCCCCGACGCCUGCGGCACCAAAAGGGAGUGCAUCGAGUGCCGGCUUUUCAACUCAGGACGACUCGCAGACAACCAGACGUGCCAGCGCCUGUGCAAGGAUGAAAUCAUCACUGUGGAGACCCUCAAAACGGAGGACCCCGGUGCAGUGCUUUGUCUCUACAAGACAGACAACGACUGUGUCAUGAAGUUCACGUAUUCUGAGCACGCCAGCGGACAGUCCAUCCUCACAGCUCUCAAAGAGCCAGAGUGUGCUGCCGGGCCCGAUGCUCUCACCGUGCUGCUCGCGGUGGUCGGCAGCAUCCUGCUGGUGGGGGUGGUGCUGCUCGCCGUCUGGAAGUUAGUCAUCACCAUUCAUGACCGCAGAGAGUUUGCACGCUUCCAGAGCGCACGCUCGCGAGCGCGAUACGAGAUGGCCUCCAACCCUCUGUACAAGCAGCCCGUCUCUACACAUUUUGUAGAAACAGAUUUCAACAUGUACGGGAAGUCCUACAACGGAGGUCUCCACUGAUCCCUCAGCACGGGGCGCGGCAGGACCGGUCCGACAAACACAUCCCUGGAGGACGGAGCCCGAGGUGGACGGCGGUCUGAACGCACUCAUCCCUCUGCACGGUUCACACCCGACAACACAAGUGAAAUGAACUAGACUGUGUGUCCGAGGGAAUCUGUGGCCUUUUUUGUCUUUACGCAGGAGAUUCAAGCCUACCACAGAAACGUGACUUCUUUUUUUCUUCUUCUUCUGUGUUUUUCGCUGACAGCGGUGGCGGUCGGUGGAGGAGCGACGAAGCAUGAACUCCUUGGUCUUGUUUAGAGAGAGAGAAAGAGAAAGUAGAGUUAGCGGUGAGUUUGUCUGCAGUUACACAAGAUAAACAAACUCAUGAGAACCAUAAUUCCAACCACAUAAAAGCACCACUUAGUCUUCGUACACGGCAGGCAGGACAUCGGCUUAUAUUUGUAUAUUUUUAUAAACACUAAAAAUGCCUUUUUUCAGUAUAAACUUUGCACCCAACAGGAACAAAUUUCACUCCAGAUCAUUUCAACUCCACGGGAUUCUUGAGAAGCACACGUUUGUGAAGGUGGCUACGAUGACGUUUUGGUACUACUAACAUUUACUAAGCAAUAGACGUCUUACCCUCAUUUUGCACAGAAAAUAUUAAGAGUCAAGUCUCGUAAAGAUUUAAAUGUUCUUUAAUGUUGUGUGUGAAUGCGUGUGGGUUUUUGUUUGCUCCAAUUGCACUCCCUUCUCCUAAUCAGGAUCGCAGGGUACCGACUCCCCGUCAGCCUCCGAACCCUCACAGGAUGCCGCUGGUGUUGCUCUUUAUUAGACAGAUCUGUCAGCGAAUCCCACGAAAAGACCAAAACCAACAAUGUGGUCAUAAUAAUAACUUUUUUACAAACACCAUCAAGACAGAAUAAAUUAAUAAA